AUGGAUGUAAAGUGCUUGAUACAAACUGCCCAGUUACCAGAUGUAACCAAUGGCCUAAAUGGUGAGUAUUACCAUUGUGUUACUGAUGAAGUUGCUAUUACUAAGAAGAAAAAAGAAGUAAAACAAGCCAGUUCAGAUGAAGAAUCUGAAGAAUCCAUGGAUGAGGCGGAAGAAGUACCAGAGCCAGUAAAAACCAAAAAAACCAAAGCUGUUAAGAAUGGUAAAUCCAAGAAAGCUGCCCCACCCCCUGAGUCCAGUGAUGAUGAUGAGGAAGAAGAAGAGGAGGAGGAAGAAGAAAAACCUGCCAAAACCAAAAAAUCUAAGAAAGCUACAAAAGAGGAAAGUGAUGACGACGAUGAUGAUGAAGAGGAAAAUGGAGAUAAAGAUGAUGAUGACGAUGAUGAUGAAGAAGAGGAAGAAAAACCAAAAGCCCAGAAACGUAAAAAUGAUGAUGAAGAAGAAGCCCCAGCGAAAAAAUCUAAAUCGGAAUCUGACCCAGUAUCUCUGUUUGUUGGUGGACUUGAUUUCGAGACCACCCCUGACACUAUCAAGAAAUUUUUCUCUGAUAAUGGUGUUGAACUCAGUGAUGUCCGAAAGAGAGAAGGCAAAAGAUUUGGUCAUAUUGAUUUAGAAGAUAGUGAUGAUCUGGAUAAAGCUAUGCAGCUUCAUGGAUCUGAAAUCGAUGGCUGUGAAAUCAGAAUUGACAAAGCUGAGAAAAACAACUCUGGCGGUGGUGAGCGUAGAAGUUUUGGAGCACCAGCUAAGAACAAGACAUUAACAGCCAGAAAUCUGUCCUAUGAUACCACUGAAGAUAGUCUUAAAGAUGCUUUUGAGGGUGCUAUUAGUGCUAGAAUUCCUACAUUCCCUGACAGUGGAAAAUCUAGAGGUCGAGGAUUUAUUGAUUUUGACUCAGUGGAAGCAGCUGAAGAAGCCAUGAAAAAUAUGAAUGAACAACAAUUAGAUGGUCGAACAGUAUAUGUUGAAUUUGCACAUGAACGAGGAAGUUCCGGUGGUGGAGGCGGUUUCCGAGGUGGAAGAGAUGGAUUUAGAGGUGGUCGAGGAGGAGGUGGAUUCAGAGGUCGUGGUGGUGGAGGACGUGGCGGAGGAUUCCGUGGUGGUAGAGGUGGACGAGGUGGAGGAGGAUUUGGUGGCCGUGGAGGUGGAUUCGGUAGUGGAGGACAAAACAGAAGAAAGACUUUUGACGAUUGAAGAAUAUGGAAUUGAAUCUUGAAAUAUACCACAUGACAUUCGCAUGUAAAUUUAUUAUGAAAUCAUGUAAAGGCUAGUCUAGAUCAACUUUUGAUGGAUUUGUUAAGAUUUUCAUCAAAAGUUAGUUUAAUGUUAUAUUCCUUUUAUUUGUGACAGCCAUAAUUCAGUGUAAGUUUCUGGGUGUAAAAAUAGGAUUAAAAAGGGGUGGGGGGGUACCUGUGGUAUUCAAACUUAAGGGUUUCUAUGUGUUCAGAGCUGUUUCUUCACUGGGCAUUUCAGUUUCAGCCCAAAACCAACUAAGAAGUAAAUUUUAAUGUUUUAUGUAAUUUGUUAUUGUUGAUUUCUUCUUUUUUUAAAACAUUUUAUUGCAAUAUGUUGGUUUUGCAUAUAUGUAAGGAGGAAACUUAAAUCAAUAAUUUGAUAUUGUGAGUAAUGUUUUGCCUCUUAUUUAAAUCCCCGGUAAAUGUGAAAUGUCAUCUUUGUUGGCACCAAAAUGUCUAUUCCAUAUUCAGAAUAGUGCUCCUUAAUUGUCAUCUUGUAAAUAAAAUCAUGGCUACCACUUCAUAAUACAAACUGCUUAAAUUGAUGAAAAAAAUUAUAAAAUGAAAUAAAUUUUAAUUCAAGAUGUU